AUGACAUCCAACCGCCCCAUUGUCAAAGUCGCAGCCGUGCAAGCUGCUCCCGUCUCGUUUGACCUGGACAAGAGUCUGCAGAAGCUGAGCAAGCUGACAGAGGAGGCUGCAGCCGCCGGGGCGGACCUUGUGGUGUUCCCAGAAGCGUUCUUGUCUGCCUACCCAUGGAGAUACAGCUUCGACACGACAAUUGGCGCGCGCGAGCCGAGAGGGCGCAAAUGGUUCGCCAAGUACUUCGACUCGGCUGUCGAAGUACCCUCGCCUGCUUUCGACAGGCUGUCCGAAACGGCUAGGGCCAACAAUAUCCUUCUGCAGGUCGGCAUCAUCGAAAAGGCGGGCGGCACGCUGUACUGCACGGCCCUGCUUCUCGACCGCGAGGGAAAAGUGGUGUAUAAACACCGCAAGGUAAUACCGCCAACAUUGCCCGUCGUUGGCGCUCGCACUGACAACCGAAAGUUGAUCCCGACGGCGGCGGAACGACUAGUGUGGGGACGAGGCUCCGGCGACGGCCUCCAAGUAUUGCAGACAGAUGUUGGAAAGGUCGGGAGUCUGAUCUGUUGGGAGAACUACAUGCCUGCCGCACGUAUGGCGUUGUACCAACAAGGCAUCGAGAUUUACCUUGCGCCCCACGCGGAUGACCUGCCGUCAUGGGUAGCGUCGAUGCAGCACAUUGCCAAGGAGGGACGCUGCUUUGUCGUCUCGGUCAAUUCCGUGUGCAAAGUGUCCGACUUUCCAGCCGACUAUCCGCCGUUCACGGCCGAAGACCCCGACCGGCGACCGGACGGAGAGCAGUGGGAGGCGGAUGACAUUGUCAACCACGGCGGCUCAUGCAUUGUCGGACCGCUGGGCACAUUCCUCGCCGAGCCCGUGUGGGACAAGGAGACCAUCAUCUAUGCCGACCUCAGGAUGGCAGACCUCACCGAGUCCAAGCUCGACUUUGACCCGGUCGGCAGUUACUCCCGGCCCGAUGUCUUUUCAUUGACAGUCAACACCAAGCCUGGUACCAGCGUUGCCUUUACCAAUUGA